CUCCCUCCCUCUCUCCACUCCUCUCUCUUCUUGUCGCCCACACUUUCUUUCUUGCACACGCACGCAGACACAUCCUCCCUCUCCGCGCUCUGGCCCCCUCGGCCUCCCUCUCUCGCCUUCUUUCUCUUUCACUUUUGCAGGCCCUGCAACCUUUUAAAAUGUUGCCCCUUUGCUGUGAUUCGCCAGACGCCGCUCCGCGGCCCCCCGCACGCUCGCCCGCUCCCUCCGUCGCUCGCUUUUUGUCUCUCGCGCUCCCUCUCCCCACCUCCGAUUCGCUACACUGAGACUCCCGUCAAUGACUGCAUUGAGAGCCGGCUCCGGCGCGAGUUGCCUCUCCGCUUCACGCUCGAUUUCCAGGCAUUCUUCCCUUAUUAAGUAUUCGUGUAAUAUUAAUAGUCAUGAAUAUCUGCUAUUAGGAGGCUCCAGGAACGCUGCCCAGCGCGGUUAUUAGAAGCUGAAGUGAAGCCGGCGCUAAGGAAAGAGUGGGAGACACGGAUUAAGGAACACGCGCGCGCGCGCACGCACACACACACACACACACACACACACACACACACUUUUUUCGUUUUUAGUUUUUUUUUUUUGUUUUUUGUUUGUUUGUUUGUUUGGCUUUUUUCCGUUGGUGGUGGUUUUUGCUUUUUGUUUUUCUUAAAGAGCUCUGAAUCCUAACCGAUCCCGGAAGGAUAGAGAUCGUGGGUUCGACCAGCUGAAGGCGCCGCGCGACUCGGUGGUACAAGUUCGGAUGGAUCCGAGCGGGGCUCCGGCGCUCGCGGGAGCGUCCGCGCAGUGACUGGAGUCCUGGGUGGCGCGGGGCUCUCGGCGCCUUUUGUGUGUGGCUCUUUCGGGCCUCGGGGCAGCCGGGUGCUCGAGGCGUGGUGGUUUUUGCUUUUUUUGCUUUUUGCUUUUGGUAUUGUUGUUGGCUUUUUAUUUUAUUUUUUCCUCACCCUGACUGGUUACCCCAGACUCUUCGCAGAUGUUAGUUCACAGUUUUUCAGCUAUGGACCGUCACGACGGCACCAGCAACGGGACAGCACGGUUGCCCCAGCUGGGCACUGUAGGUCAAUCUCCCUACACCAGCGCCCCGCCGCUGUCCCACACCCCUAAUGCCGACUUCCAGCCUCCCUACUUCCCCCCGCCCUACCAACCUAUCUACCCCCAGUCGCAAGAUCCUUACUCCCACGUCAACGACCCCUACAGCCUGAAUCCCCUGCACGCCCAGCCGCAGCCGCAGCACCCGGGCUGGCCCGGCCAGAGGCAGAGCCAGGAGUCUGGGCUCUUACACACACACCGGGGGCUACCCCACCAACUGUCGGGCCUGGACCCUCGCAGGGACUAUCGGCGGCACGAGGACCUCUUGCACGGCCCGCACGGGCUCGGCUCUGGGCUCGGGGACCUCCCGAUCCACUCCUUACCUCACGCCAUCGAGGACGUCCCGCACGUAGAAGACCCGGGUAUUAACAUCCCAGAUCAAACUGUAAUUAAGAAAGGCCCCGUGUCCCUGUCCAAGUCCAACAGCAAUGCUGUCUCCGCCAUCCCUAUCAACAAGGACAACCUCUUCGGUGGCGUGGUGAACCCCAACGAAGUCUUCUGUUCAGUUCCGGGUCGCCUGUCGCUCCUCAGCUCCACCUCGAAGUACAAGGUCACGGUGGCGGAAGUACAGCGGCGCCUCUCACCGCCCGAGUGUCUCAACGCGUCGCUCCUGGGCGGAGUACUGCGGAGAGCGAAGUCUAAGAAUGGAGGAAGAUCUUUAAGAGAAAAACUGGACAAAAUAGGAUUGAAUCUGCCAGCAGGGAGACGUAAAGCUGCCAACGUUACCCUUCUCACGUCACUGGUGGAAGGAGAAGCCGUCCACCUAGCCAGGGACUUUGGGUACGUGUGCGAAACUGAAUUUCCUGCCAAAGCAGUAGCAGAAUUUCUCAACCGACAACAUUCCGAUCCCAAUGAGCAAGUGACAAGAAAAAACAUGCUGCUGGCUACAAAACAGAUCUGCAAAGAGUUCACUGACCUGCUGGCUCAGGACCGAUCUCCCCUGGGGAACUCGCGGCCCAACCCUAUCCUCGAGCCUGGCAUCCAGAGUUGCUUGACCCACUUCAACCUCAUCUCCCAUGGCUUCGGCAGCCCGGCGGUGUGUGCAGCGGUCACCGCCCUGCAGAACUAUCUCACCGAGGCACUCAAGGCCAUGGACAAAAUGUACCUCAGCAACAACCCCAACAGCCACACGGACAACAGCGCCAAAAGCAGUGAUAAAGAAGAGAAACACAGAAAGUGAGGCUCUCCUCCCGCCCCGCCCCCGCCCGCCUGCCUCACCGGCCAGCGUCCCCCACUCGCCCCUCCCCCACCCGGCAGGUGACAGCUCCGGGACCAGCCACUCCUACUGCUGCUGCUACUCUGCGCUGCCGCGCCGCCCCUCGUCCCCGGAGUCCUCCGGAUUGCUCUCUCGACUGCCAGUGGGGCAGCCGCUGCUCAACUCAGCGCCUUGCCUCAACUUCCCCAUCAGCACCAACACCCCCUUUACCCUCGUGUGGAGCCUAAGAGAACAGAACAGGUCGUGAAGCCAGCAAAGAAAAGUUCUGUCGCGUUUGUGAACCUUUUUUUUUUUUUAAAUCAAAUCAACAACAAACAUUAAAACUUUUUUUUUUUUAAAAAAAAGGACGUUAAAAAAUUUAAAAAGUAUAUGAGCUUCAUGGGACUAACUCAUCGCCUUCCCUUGCGUACUUCAGAUUGUAGCCAUACUUAAAAAAAAAAGGCAAAGAGGAUAAUGACGUUUUUUAUCAGUAUUGUGAAUAAACUUGAACACAAAUACAGAAGUUCUAUGUCCUGUCUUCAGUUGUAGAAGUUGUCUCUUCAAGGCACAACCACCCACUUGAACUUCCUCUGAUGACACAAUCCACAAUUCUAUAAGGGAAUCAGUGUUCACGUCUUUGUAUAUAUUUAUUUAUGUGUAAUUUAAUGGGAUUUGUAAAUAUGGUGAGUCUGUUUUAAACCUCUUUUAUUUAUCUGGUGAUCUCGUUUACCUCCUGUUUAGUGGGCUUUGGAUUGUCCCUAUUAGUUCUUCAUGUAGUUUUACUUAGAAAUCCAAGGUUUGGGUAAUACCCCCGCCCCCUUUCUGGAAUUCAUGGAUUUAGCCCCGUGGUAGCAUGUUAAACGAUGAUAAUGAAACAGCCGAACAAAACAUUUUUUAAGGUAAAAUAAAAAUUUAUAUAUAAUUAGUAUUACAUUUAGCUUUUCAUUGAACUGACAGGGAAAAAAAUCAGUGAUAUUGGGACACUGGAAAAAAUUUCUUAAACUGGAGUGAUUUGAUAAUCCUAUGGUAUCAUGGGGAAAAAAAUAAAGUUUAUUUGAGUUCACUGUCCUCCCUUAAAAGUGUCCUCUGAGCAAUAAAUGAAUAUUGUUUUUAAACCAAGGGUUAGGGAUCUCUCCCUCUCUCUCUCUCUCUCUCUCUCUCUCUCUCUCUCUCUCUCUCUCUCUUUGUUCAACUUUAAGCAUUUGGGACCACCUGGCAUUCUGUGUCUUCACUGGCCACAUUGGAAGCAGUUCUAGCUGUACUGUGUUGAGUUGCUCUGGCAGUAGCCUCUAUGCCUGUCAAUGUAUCAUAGUCCUUUGUUGCCCAGAUAAAUAAAUAUUUGAUACGCUUUAUGUCGAUUUUUUUUUUUAUUCAGUGGCUGUCUUUACCCAGGCGUAUUUUUGUUCUUGGCAGUAUUUUUUAUUCAGUAUGGUUACAGUAAUUGAGUUUAACUCUCCCUUGGCAAUUGCUCUUUGCAAUAAGCAGCUGAACCCAUUGCUUCCCUCAAGUAUAAUAAAAACUUACUUUCAACUUGGAGUUCAGAGCAGGGUAUCAUUUAGAUAUUCCACUGAGUCUGUAUUCAGACAAACGACCCAAUAAAGCUCGAUGUAUUCUUUUGGAUAAAAGAUUGUUUGUACUGCUAAAGGAAUGACAUACUAUUGCUUCCUGACUGGGAGCAUUAACUUUAUUAUUAAAAAUAAAGUUUUAUUUUAUUUAUGUUGA